AAAGACAAAUUGGUAAAGUCAUCAAAGAGCACUGUUUCCUGUUUGUAACUCUGUUUCCUGUAUGCCACUCAGAGGAAAAGAUGAGAAGGAAAUCUGCGAGGUGGCUGCCUUUUGACCUGAAAAGUCAAUUUGCUUUUUUACCUCCUCGGUCUUCUCUGUCUCUACGGGGCCAAGAUUUCCAGCCCACCCUUUCACACCAUGAUCUUGUGGAUCCUUACUGCGCUCAGCAUAAUUCAGCCUGACAGCCUAACAGAAGCGAAUAUUUUAGUGCAACAGAGACCUCUCCGUCUAAUGAGCGAAAGUGCCAAGAUAUUCUGCAACUACACAUCUAACGGAAAGAAAAUAAAGGAAUUCAGGGCCUUGCUCCUCAAAGGAAUAGAAAGGGUGGAAGUCUGCUCCAUAUACUGGAACACCACCCAUAAGAUUGCCAACAGUACAGGAAUCAGCUGCCAAGUUGCAUUCAGGACAGAAAACGAAGUCUCCUUUUACCUGCAGAGCCUACACGCCAAUCAAACGGACAUUUACUGCUGCAAAAUUGAGAUCUUGGACCCACCGCCGUAUGAAUUCAACGAAAGCCUUGGCACUUUAGUUCACGUGAAAGCUCCAGAAACGGCAGAAUCUCAAUGUCAACAAGGACCAGAAUUCAUUAGUAUGGCAGUAGCUAUCGGAGUCCUUAUUUUAUACAGUAUCGUAACAACAGCAGCUUUUUUCUUUUGUUGGCGGAAAACCAAGAAGAAUAAGAUUGUUCGGAAUGACUAUUUCAACAUGACUGCCUGGCAAUCAAAUGCUCCGAAGAAGCGACCUCAACAGCCAGGUGUCCCAGCAAGGAACUACACUGCGUACCGAUCAUGGGAGCCAUGACAAUUGGUAACAUAAAUGGUCCAUUCCCUACAAUGGGAAAUAUGAAUGAAUGAACAUUUCACCCCUUAGCUCAGUGUGCCUGUUGUGGACGGUCACUGAUAUCCCCACGAAAAAGAGUUCUCGGCACCGUGAAGGAUAAAAACUGUUAAGUUAUGCUUCAUAUUGAUGGUGGAAAAGAAGAAAAACUGACACUGGAUUGUAAAUACAGUCUCAUAAACCUCUUUUAAGCAAAUGCUGGUUCCACCAGCAUUGCUGCAAUUUCUCGAUUGCUUCAGUCUUAGGAUAGUGUAUAUAAAUUGUUCCAAAACUCUGGCAAAUCACCAAGCAAAGAGCAGAGGUAAAAUAUGUUGUCUUUCAUGUCAAAAAGGGGAAAUACCAAAUGGGAGAGUCUAAAACAUAUGUUUAACAGAUCAGGAGCAUUCAGCUAAGUUGGCCCAUAUUCUAAAGAACAUCACCCUAUUGUAAGCGAAGUGAGUGAUUAGUUGGAUAGCUUUGCCAUGUAAUUCUGCAGAGUACCUUUCCCUCCUGAUGAACAAAUUCCUCAUACUGCUAAAACAAUCAAUCUGCAAGUCAUUUCUGAGAGAGCCUUUAAGGAAGAGUGGAAUGUGCAGCCAUAGGAGACCACUCUUGAGAUUCGCAGACUUUCACUCAUGCUUGGACAAUGUCCUACACGAAGGAGCAGACAAAACGUCCUCACUGAGAAGAGAGAAUUAAUCAACUGAUGACCCACAUGCCGUGGGCUCCCAAUGGGAUCCAAGAGAGAUAAGAACAGGGAUUAUUUUUUUUUCCUUUCUUGUUGUCUGGACACAAUAUAUGCAUGGUUCAAUGAUUAUAGCCAAGUGAAGCCUGGAAUUAAAAAGGCAACAGGUCCUCCCUCCCUCAAUGCUGUCCACUUGUAGCAAAUGUAGGACGUACAAUGCCGUUUUGCCAGUAAAAAAACACGACAUUGCAAAAAACGAUGAUUUUAAUUUUCUUGAUGAGUUAACAACUCAUAUGACAUAUGCGUUACUGAACAGGAACCAACAGGAGCCUUACAGAACAAGAACCAACUAAGGCUGUCACAUCUUUAGCACCACCUCAGGAGGCACACCCAUCACUAGCAAAUGCAUACCUGCCAAGUUCCAGCCUGAGAAAUAAGGGACCAGACCGGAAGUAGCGCUGCCGCCAUUUUGGAACUGGGCGGAGCAUG